GGGUCAAAGCGAGGGUCAAAGUGCGCGUACGGACCGGCGAGGUGACGAUGCAGAAUUGUCUUGCAGUGAUAUUGGCCGCUGGCCGCGGCUCCAGGAUGUAUCCCCUCUCAGAGGAGAGCCCAAAGUGUUUGCUUCCAGUUGCUAACCAACCGUUGAUAUGGUACUCUGUGCAACUGCUGGAGAGGAGCGGAUUUCAAGAGGCUGUAGUUGUGGUAAGAGAAAAGGAGUCAAGUAGCGUGCUGGAAGUUCUAAAUCAGUUUGGGGGCGUGACACUCCAGUUCUCACUGGUAUGUAUUCCUGAUAGUGAGGACUGGGGGACAGCAGACUCUCUGCGACACAUCAGGGGAAAACUGAAGUUGCAACACAGUGAUGUCUUGGUUGUGAGCUGUGACCUCAUCACAUCUGUGCAAGUGCAUCUUCUGAUGGAGUUCCACUCUUGCCACCAGUCAACCCUAACCUGUCUGUUUGCCAACUCGUCUUCCUUACAGGAGGAGGGGUCCCAUCGGAAGCAAACUUCUGCAGUGGAGCACGAUGUGGUGGCUCUAACACCAGAGCAUCAGCUCGUCUACUUUGCUGCUCAGGCAGACCUUGAUGACUCCCUUACAUUCUCUAGAUUUUUACUGAAGAGGCAUCCCCACAUGCGAGUCAGUUCGAGACUUACAGACACUCAUCUUUACCUCAUGCGGAGAUGGGUUCUGGACUACCUAGCAGAGAACAGGGCAGCGUGCAGGUCUCGGCCACUGAUCGUGUUCCCAGUAGCUCAGAAUACACCGGGAGCAGAAGGUGUGGCCACAAUUGGUAUCCACGGCGAAGGAUGGAUAAGACAAACAUACCGGGCAGUUAUCGGGCUCAGCGCUGUCACCAACGACUCCUCUAUGGCCUAA